UAGGCCCGAGCGUAUUUGAGCGAAGUGUUCGAGGCGAGGAGCCGUCCAGGCCAGCUGUUAUCGCCGUGUCUCCGCUCUGUCUCGAUCCAUCGAUCACAUAACGCGUCCGAUCUCGAUCGACCUGGUCAUGAGCUGGACCCUUUUUUGAGCGGGCGCGUUCAGAUUGGCGGAAGAGAAAAGCUGAAUGGAGGCACCGGCACUCUUGAGGACCCUUGCGCUUCUCACGAUAUGGCUGCUCCAGGUUGCGGUGCCGGGCGCCGUUGCGUCCUACACCAUCGGCGUGGGCAGAGCGGACACAACCGGACCCGUUGCUGAAAUAGUUUUCAUGGGCUACGCGAAGAUCGAUCAGAAGGGAUCAGGACUCCAUCUCCGAACGUUUUCACGGGCAUUCAUCAUCGACGAUGGGGUGGAGAGGUUCGUGUUCGUCAGCGUGGACAGCGCUAUGAUAGGAAACGGGAUACGUCAAACGGUGGUGGAGAAUCUCCAAAAACAGUAUGGCGAUUUGUACACGGAGAAGAACGUCAUGAUCAGCGCAACCCACUCGCACUCCACCCCUGGUGGAUUCAUGUUGCACAUGCUGUUCGAUCUCACGACGUUCGGUUUCGUUAGGGAGACGUUCGAUGCCAUGGUGAAUGGGAUAACCAAGAGCAUCGAACGUGCCCAUAACGCCAUGGUGCCUGGUCGGCUCUUCAUCACCCAUGGGGAAGUUCACGGCGUGAAUAUAAACAGGAGCCCGUUCGCUUAUCUGAACAAUCCAAAAGUGGAGAGAGACAAGUACAGGGACAAUGUGGAUAAGAUUUUGACGCAAAUACAAUUUUACAAGAACGAGGACAACAAACCGUUGGGUGUAAUUAAUUGGUUCGCCAUCCAUCCGACUAGUAUGAACAACACGAAUCAUCUGGUGUCCAGUGAUAACAUUGGCUACGCAUCGGUUCUUUUCGAGAGAAUAAUGAACAAUGAUUCACUGAUUGGCAAGGGCCCAUUCGUGGCAGCCUUCGCCUCCAGCAAUCUCGGCGACGUUUCACCCAACACACGUGGCCCGAAAUGCGAAUUUUCCGGCAAUAAUUGCUCGAAACAAUACACUUGCCCAGGGAGAAAGGAGAUGUGCUUCGCCUCUGGACCAGGGAGAAACAUGUUCGAAAGCACCAGUAUCAUAGCCAAUAGGAUGUUCAAGGAAUCUUGGCGUUUGUGGCAAUAUGGGGACGUCAAGGAAGUGAUCGGGCCCCUCCGUGUGGUGCACCGCUACGUGAACAUGGUGGAACAGACGGCCGAAUAUUACAACGAGACCACGCAGAGAACCGAGACGGUGCGUGGGUGUGAACCAGCCAUGGGAUACAGUUUCGCGGCUGGAACGAUCGACGGGCCGGGCUCGUUCUCGUUCCGGCAAGGAACAACCAGCGCGAAUCCUAUGUGGAACGUGGUUAGAAACUUAUUAGCAACCCCCACGAACGAGGAUAUCAAGUGUCACGGGGCCAAACCGAUUCUACUCGCCACUGGACACAUGACCCUUCCGUACGAGUGGCAGCCGAAAAUCGUGGCGACGCAGGUGGCGCUGAUCGGGAACGUUGUCAUCGCCGGUGUGCCGGGAGAAUUCACAACAAUGUCCGGAAGAAGAUUGCGAGAGGCUAUCAAAACGGUCAUGAACGAUGCGUCCGACGACGAAACCUCCGUUAUAGUCGCAGGCCUGUGCAAUACUUACAGCGAUUACGUCACCACGCCGGAGGAGUACCAAAUCCAAAGAUACGAAGGUGCAUCGACGAUAUUCGGCCCACACACUCUGACCAUUUACUUGAAACAAUACCAAGAACUCGUAACAGCUGCCAUUCUCAAAAAGGACGUGGAGCCUGGUCCAGAGCCUGUCGAUCUGAGAAAGAAGACUCUCGUUUCUUUCGUAACACCUGUUCUCUACGAUACUCCAAUAUGGGGGAAGAAUUUUGGGGACUGCGUCAAACAGCCUCAAAAAUUGGCCAAGCCGGGGGAUAUCGUCACUGCAGUAUUUGUUUCAGGCCACCCACGCAACAAUCUGAUGACCGAAAGCUCGUUUCUGACGAUCGAGAGGUUGGGUGUCGACGAGGUGUGGUUGCCAGUCGCCACCGAUGCCAAUUGGGAGACAAAGUUCGAGUGGCAAAGGAUGUCGAUGGUUCUCGGCUCGAGUCAAGUAACCAUUACGUGGCAGGUCCCGGAGGAUAUCAAAGCUGGUGAAUAUCGUAUUAGGCACAACGGUUACUAUCGUUACAUCCUUGGCGGCAUCUUCCCUUACUACGGCGUGUCCAACCAUUUUCAGGUUGUAAGCACCGAGUCGAGCUGUUGUAAGCGGCGUUAUUAUGAAUAAGUAAAUAAUGGCCACCUUUUACUUUUGUCGAAUGAAAUGCUUACGCUUAAUUCACGACUGAGUCCAGCCAAUAAUUCAGUAAUAACAGCCAUACGAUAGCACGAAAGUUUCUCAGUACACUUUUCUCAUCUUGUACAGUGUUGUAUUAUAAUAACAUAUUGACGUGUGAUCUCCUUAAUAUAUAGCUACAUGUAUCGAUAGGAUUUUAAUUAAGGAUUUGAUUAAGUUUAACGAACGAAUAAUCAUGCGUUAUUAUCUAAGUCAAUUGUCCAUCGUGAUAACGCGAAUAAAAGGAUAAUUUAUUCUAAA